AUUCAAUGUACAUUUUGCCUCUGCCUGCCUGAAACUGUAGAUAUAUUGCAAUUUUUCUUCUCUUUUCUAACAUGACGACUAGUCAAAAUUUGGCUAGAUUGGAAGUUGGAAUUGCAGAAAAAAUAUUAAAAAUUGGGAUUAAUAAGUACAGAUUUAAAAAUUUCUAUGAUUUCUUUUCCCAUUAUUACACAGAACGAGCAUUACUCAUUGAGAGUGGCAAUAUUUUCUUUGUAAUAGUAAAAUAAUAUUAUCACCGUUUUCAGGAGCUGCUCACGCUCCUAGUUAAUAGACCAAAAAAUACACACCCAAGUGGCCAACUCCCAACAUGGCUUCCGAGGGUUUCCGACCGCUCGACGAAAAGUUAUUGGUGGAGUACGUGAAGAAGACGCCAUCUCUGGCCGCGAAGCUGGGUAAUCAGUUCGACAAUCUGGAAAUCAGAGAAGUAGGCGAUGGAAAUCUCAACUUCGUCUAUAUUGUAAUUGGUCCAUCGGGCUCCUUCGUCGUCAAACAGGCUCUGCCAUAUGUUCGCUGUAUAGGGGAAUCUUGGCCAAUGUCUAAAGAGCGUGCCUAUUUUGAAUCAUCAACUUUACUAGAACAUGGCAAGCUCUGUCCAGAUCAUGUUCCCGAGGUGUACCAUUUUGACAGGGCAAUGUGUUUGAUUGGCAUGCGCUACAUUGAGCCGCCUCACAUUAUCUUAAGGAAGGGGCUAAUUUCUGGUACUGAGUAUCCAUUGCUUGCGGAACAUGUGUCUGAGUAUAUGUCAAGGACACUGUUCUAUACUUCCCUACUUUAUCUGACCACUACAGAACAUAAGAGUGCAGUUGCUAAAUAUUGUGGGAAUGUGGAGUUAUGCAGACUUACUGAACAGGUUAUCUUUUCGGAUCCCUACAAAGUAUCUGAGUAUAACCGUUGGACAACUCCUUACCUUGAUGAUGAUGCUAAGGCAGUUCGAGAGGACAACAUUUUGAAACUUGAAGUUGCUGAGCUAAAAUCCAAGUUCUGUGAGAAAACCCAAGCUCUUAUACACGGUGAUCUCCAUACAGGUUCGGUCAUGGUUACCAAAGACUCAACUCAACUGAUAGAUCCUGAAUUUUCUUUCUAUGCGCCAAUGGGAUUUGAUAUUGGAGCUUUUAUUGGAAACCUGAUUUUAGCUUAUUUUUCUCAAGACGGACAUGCACGCGAAGGGUCUGAUCGUAAACUGUAUAAAGAGUGGAUUUUGAAAACAAUAUCAGAUACUUGGAACCUCUUCUACAGAAAGUUUACUGCCCUUUGGGAUAAGUACCAGGAUGGUCCUGGCGAAGCUUAUCUUUCAGCAAUAUAUAAUAACCCAGAGCUUCAGUUGCUGGUAAAACAGAAAUACAUGGAAGAUCUUUUCCAUGAUACACUUGGAUUUGGGGCUGCAAAAAUGAUAAGGAGAAUAGUGGGUGUUGCUCAUGUUGAGGAUUUUGAGUCAAUCAAGGAGGCUAGCAAACGAGCAGAAUGCGAGCGCAAGGCUCUUAACUGUGCUAAGACCCUUCUAAAGGAGAGGAAGAAAUUCCAUAGCAUUGGUGAAGUUGUUUCAGCUAUUGAGCAGUUUGCCAAAUGAUUCAUAUACUUUGAAGUAUUCCAAGCUAUUUGAACUCCACAAGUUCUAGUUUGUGAGAUUUGCGUAUGUUUAGUAUAUGGGUAUUACUGUGAAGGUAAUAUCGUAUAUGAUUGUCUUGAUGAUCGUUUAUUGAGAAUAUUUGGCACGGUGACUUUUGGUGGUUGGCCAUUCUUGUGGUGGUUCAUUUUUAUGCUUAUCUAUGCACGUUGGUGUGUGAAAUAAUGCACAUUCCUGUUUGCAUUUGUUUCCCCAUGUAGUUGUUUCCUCCCAAUUGCGCCAUUCCUUUCAUUACUUGCCUUUUUAUCGUUGGCGUUAAUAUUGAUUUGGAGACUAUAGGAGACCUGCCCCUGUGAUUCAGUCUUGUGAAAAAGUUUAUAUUAUCCUUUUUAUUGUUUCAGUUCAUUUUUUUUCAUUUGUUUACCAUAUAUUCUCUCCACUUAAUACAAAUACUCCGGACUUUACUCGA